UCUAAACUCGUGGCGCGGUAAAAUGGGCUAUCUCAAGCAGAUAGUUGUCGAGAACUUCAAGUCGUGGCGGGGAAGGCAGGUGAUCGGGCCCUUUCACAGGUUCAGCUGCAUCAUCGGCACGAACGGAUCCGGCAAGUCCAACCUGAUGGACGCCGUGAGCUUCGUGGUGGGCGAGCGCGCCGCCAGCCUGCGCGUGAAGCACGUGCGCGACCUGGUCCACGGCGCGCACGUGGGCCGGCCGGUGGCCCGCGCCGCCAGCGUGGCCAUGCUGUACUGCGAGGACGACGGAGCGGAGCUGCUUUUCUGCAGGAGCGUCGCAGGGGAUUCGUCGGAGUACAGCAUCAAUGGCAAACAAGUCACUUUUGCCAAGUACACAGCAGAGCUGGAGAAGAUUGGUGUUGUGGUUAAAGCGAGGAAUUGCCUGGUGUUUCAGGGGGCUGUGGAGUCAAUCGCCAUGAAGGAUGCCAAAGAGAUGAGCCGCAUGUUCGAGCGCAUCAGCGGCUCUCUGGAGCUGGCGGAGGAGUACAACCAGAAGAAGGAGGCAUUACAGAAGGCCAAAGAGGACACACAGUUCCACUACAAGAAGAAGAAGGCUGCUGCCUUGGAGAAGAAGCACAUGUCACAAGUGAAGGAGGAGACCCAGAAAUACCAGUACUUGAUGGAUGACCUGAACCAGGCUAAGUUGCAGCUGACACUGUGCCAGCUGUACCACAGUGAGAGAGGCAUCGGGGUGCAGAUGGAGUCUCUGCGGCGCAGUCAGGUGGCUGUGGCCGAGAAGAGUAGCGGUGUGGCCCUGAGGGAGCAGGCUGUGAAGGUCCAGAAGAAAGAGCACGGCCGUCUGUCGCGAAGCCUGCAGCAAAUAGAGAAGGAGAGCCGGGCGGAGGAGCAGAAGCUGGCACACCACCAGCAGCUGUAUGUCAAAGCCAAGGUGAACACAGCGCACCAGGAGCGCAAGGCGCAGGCGGCCCGCACAGACCUGCAGGGGGCACGGAACCUGCUGCGCAGGAAGGAGCAGGACCUGGAAGAGCUGCGCAGGGAGCUGGCCGACCUGGAUCGUGCCCAGGCAGAGUUUGAGAGGGAGGUGGAGGAGGAAGGAGUCGCCCGAGGCACCUCCGUACAGCUGGAGCAGGAGCAGCUGGAGCGCUACGCAGAGCUCAAGGAAGUGUCCAGGAAACAGAGCGCCACCCUGAGGCAGCAGCUCGAGAAGCUGCGCUGGGACCACAGAGCUGAUUGCGAGAAGCUUGAGUUUGACCGCAGGAGGAAGACGGAAGUGGAGGUGAGCAUCAAGCACACCCAAGCUCAGCUGGAGGAGUUCACGAGGAGAGCCAACAAGCUGCUGGAGUACGGCAAUACGUGCAAUUCAGCCCUCGAGGAGCACCGGAAGCAGGAGCAGAGUUUGUCGGCGGAGCUGGAGGAGGGCCGGGCGCGUUCCAAGGUGGCGGAGAAGGAGCUGGCAGAGGUGCUGGGCGAGCUGCAGAACGCUCGUAUUGACAGCCAGGAGAGCCGGGGCCUGGAGCGGCGCAAUGAGGUGCUGGAGAACCUGAGGAGACUCUACCCGGAGACCAUGUAUGGUCGCCUGUUUGACCUGUGCCACCCGGUGCAUAAGAAGUACCAGCUGGCGGUGACGAAGGUGUUCGGCCACUAUAUGAAUGCCAUCGUCGUGGCGUCGGAGAGGGUGGCGCGCGACUGCAUCAGACUCGUGAAGGAGGAGAGGGCCGAACCCGAGACCUUUCUCCCGCUCGACUACAUCACUGUGAGUCCUCUCAACGAGCGUCUGCGGGAGCUGCCGGGGGCCAAGAUGGUGGCGGACGUGAUUCAGUGCGCUCUGCUGAUCAGGAAAGCGGUGCAGUUCGUCUGCGGGAACGCCCUCGUCUGCGAGACCCUGAAGGAGGCCCAGCAGAUCGCCUUCGGCGGGCCUGAGCGCCACAAAACUGUGGCACUGGACGGGACCAUGUUCUUCAAGUCGGGGGUGAUUUCGGGAGGCUCCAGCCACCUGCGCAGCAAGGCCCGCUGCUGGGACGAGAAGGACGUGAACAAGCUCAAGGAGCGCAAGGAGCAGCUGGCUGCCGAGUUACAUGCUCUGCUGAAGCUGAGGCGUAAGGAGGCGGAGUUGAAGCAAGCCCAAGCUCAGGCCAAGGGGAUCCACACCCGUCUCAAGUACUCCCAGAGCGAGCUGGAGGCCAUCCGCACAAAGAGCAUCCCUGCCUGUCUUGCGGAGAAGUCUAGGCUGGAGAGUGAGCUUGUUAAUCUGGAGUCAGAUAUUAAAAUGCAGAAAGAAAACAUGGAAGGGAAAGAAGCAAAAAUGCAGGCGAUCCAGGACAAUAUUAAUAAGAUGGACGAUGAGAUUUUCUCUGAUUUCUGCACGGAAAUUGGGGUGGCAAACAUCCGGGAGUAUGAGCAGGAGCACCUGAAACAGCAGCAGGAGGUGGACAGAAAGAGGCUGCAGUUUGGGACCCAGCGUACCCGCCUGACCACCCAGCUGGAGUACGAGAGUACUCAGCUAGAGCAGCAGAUGAAAAAAAUCAGGGAGCUGGAGGAUGCUGUUUACAGGGCACAGAAGAGUGUGGCCCAAAAGAAGAAGGAGGAGGAGCGGCUGCUGAAGGACGUGGAUGAGACCAUGGCGAAGCUGGAGGAACUGAGGGUUGUCUUCCUUGAGCAGAAGUCCCUCGUCGAUGCCUCCAAGGAAAAGCUAGAUGAAAAGCUGAAGAGACUGCAGGAAAGCUCCAAGGAACUAGCAAAACUCCAGAGAGACGCCUCCUCUCUGCAGACAGCACUGGAGCAGAAGAGGCUCGAGAGACACAACCUGCUACUUGGCUGCAAAGUGCAGGGCCUCCCCAUCGUGCUCCUGUCUGGCUCCCUGGACUACAUCAGCGAUGUUCAGGUAGAGAGUUAUAGGGCUGACUCAGAAAUUCCGAGCACUGGCACCACGAUGGACAUCUAUGAGCGCGAGGAGCAGAUUCAAAUUGACUACAGUGUGUUGCGGAGAGAGCUGAAGGAGUUGCAGAGUGAGGAGGAGGUGUCGGCUGAGGUAGAGCAGCUUCAGGAAGCAGUCAGUUCCCUGGAAACUGCACUCCAGCGUUCCAGUACACCCAACUUCAAGGCCCUGGAGAAGAUGAGAGAGGUCAAAGAGAUAUUCCAGAGGGCAGUGGAUGCAUUUGAUACUAGUACCAGAGUGGCUAAGCAGCGUCACCACGAGUUCGAGCAGGUGAAGGCCAGGCGCUUCCGUCUAUUCAACCAGUGCUUUGAGCAUGUUGCCAUCAGCAUCGACCAGAUCUACAAAGACCUGUGCAGGAACCCCAGCGCACAGGCUAUCAUUAGUGUGGAGAACCCUGACGAGCCCUAUCUGGAAGGUAUCACCUACCACUGCGUGGCCCCUGGCAAGCGCUUCAUGGCCAUGGACAACCUGUCUGGGGGCGAGAAGGCCAUCGCUGCGCUGUCCCUGCUGUUCGCUAUUCACAGUUUUCGACCUGCUCCUUUCUUUGUUUUGGAUGAGGUGGACGCUGCUCUGGACAAUACCAACAUUGGCAAGGUGACCAGAUACAUUCGAGAGCAGUCCAGGGAGCACUUCCAGGUCAUCGUCAUCUCCCUGAAGGAGGAGUUCUACUCCAAGGCCGAUGCUCUGCUGGGUGUGUAUUCUGAGUUCAACGAUUUCUCAUUCAGCCGCCUCCUGACUGUUGACCUCACGCCAUACCCGCUGAGCGAAGAUACAAAUGCGGAGCGGGAGGAAGUGUAGCCUGGAGCUCAGACACAUUAGUUCAGUUUGGUUUAUUAGUUCAGUUUAUACUGUCAGUUUCAAAGAGAGAAUGUAUUAGUGAGCGGUUCAUGUCAGACAGUUUCCAGCAGGACGUGUUUUCUUCAUCUGAUGUUCUCCUCCUUGUGGAUUAUAGUGCACUUAUUGUCGGUGGAUGUUAUGAUGGGCCUCUCUGUUUUACUUGAGCCCUUUUUCAGUUUGUACUUUCCAAAGUUCUCAGCUUUGUUCCUGUUCAUGUAUUCGAUGUUCGUGUUCCUCAAUAAAUCUCAAGUUUUUGCCGCUGAAGUGCCAGGUGGUGAAAUGUCCCUAACCGUCUACAGCACGAUGACUAAACAGAACUCAAAAGCUGUUGGGAAGCAGUUCUGCCCUAACAAGAACACUUUAAAGAGCACCAAAGACCCCAA